AUGGGACAAAAUUCAUCUUCUCACGAUCGACACGAAAGUAAGAGGAAGAAACAAGCUAAAGUUGUCAUGAUUGGAUUGGACUUUGCUGGAAAGUCAUCAAUAAUGUACAAGAUGAAGCAAAAGAAGAAUCUUCCAUCGACAGUGCCUACUCUUGGGUUUAAUGUUGAAGUGUUAAAGUAUAAGAGAGUUGUGUUCACAUUGUUUGAUAUUGGUGGAUUAUUCCUCAAGACCAAACAGUUGGCACAACAUUAUUUCGAGAAGAAUCAAGCUGUGAUUUUUGUGAUUGACUCAACUGAUAAGGCCAGAAUGAAUGAUGCCAAACAAACUUUGCAUUUGAUCAUGGAUGAUCAAUUGGUUUCUAAUUGUAAAUUAUUGGUAUUGGCUAACAAGCAAGAUCUACCAGAUGCUAUGAGUGUAGAUGAUGUUUCGAGAGAAUUAAACUUGAUGGAUAUCAAGCAAACUUGGUCGAUUCAAGGUUCGAGUGCCAAGACAGGUAUUGGAUUAUUGGAAGGACUUGACUGGUUAUCAAAGAAUGUGUAA